CCGUGUUUACGUCCCUCGUGGAGCUGCCGACGUCACAGCCGAAUGGCAACAUUGUGGCGAUGCUGAGACUGGAGGUUUAGGAGUCUGCUUUCUGGUUCCGGCUGGCUCGGCGCGGUCGCGGGGAGGCAGAGAGGCGGCUGGGAGGUCGGCCCCGGCGAGCGGCGGACGCGCGCCUCAGCGUCUCUGCACGCAGCUCCGUGGGCUCGCGCAGGCCGGCCCGGCGGCCCAGGGCCCCGCGCUGCCGCAGCGAGCGGCUUGUAAACAGAUCCGGCCGCACGUGACCAUGUGAACUACCUGCUCCGGGCCGCGUAUUGUCUCUUCAGAGAGUCGCGCCACAAAGGAGCCGGUGGAUGAGCGGCCGGCGCGCUAAGAUGGCUGAAGGCGCCCGGCAAGGGUGAGCUGGGGGCGCGACCGUCGCGGAGACUCGGCCGGGCGGCCCCCCUUGGCCGGACACCGGAGCUACCAUGUCGUUCGCGCUGGAGGAGACACUUGAGUCCGACUGGGUGGCGGUGCGGCCCCACGUAUUCGACGAGCGCGAGAAGCACAAGUUUGUGUUCAUUGUGGCCUGGAACGAGAUUGAAGGCAAGUUUGCUAUAACCUGUCACAACCGGACGGCCCAGAGACAGAGGAGCGGUUCCCGGGAACAGACCGGGACGUCAGCGUCUGAUGGGAGCCGCGGGCCCGGCAGCCCGGCGGCCAGGGGUCGGCCCGAGGCCGCUGCCUCUUCUACAGCGCUCCGGAGCCCCGGGCCACGGAAGAGCCAGGCCUGGACUGAGAGCGGCUCUCCGCGCAGCGCGCGCAGCCUGAGGGGGGAUCCCCUUCGGGGUCCGCCCGCCAAAGGACCGGAGAGUCCUCUCCGUAGCCCCGUGCGGGCCAAGGCCAGCCCGCACCGCAGAGGCGCCGAAUCCCGAGAUGCGACCGCCGGUGCCACGCCAACCCCGCCGGCGCCCCCGAUGUCGUCGGUGCGGGUGGUGAGUGCCUCUGGGGCGGUCUCCGAGGAGAUCGAGGUCCUGGAAUUGGUGAGGGAGGACGAGGCGCCACAGCCGCUCCCCGACUCGGAGCAGUCGCCGUCCGCCGCGGAGCAGGAGUCUCCGGCUGAAGAAUGCAGCUGGGCCGGGCUUUUCUCCUUCCAGGAUCUGCGGGCCGUGCAUCAGCAGCUGUGCUCAGUGAACUCCCAGCUGGAGCCGUGCCUGCCGGUGUUCCCCGAAGAGCCGUCCGGCAUGUGGACGGUGCUGUUUGGGGGCGCCCCCGAGAUGACCGAGCAGGAGAUCGACGCUCUAUGUUACCAACUCCAGGUCUACCUGGGCCACGGCCUGGACACGUGUGGCUGGAAGAUCCUUUCCCAGGUGCUUUUCACCGAGACGGAUGAUCCGGAGGAGUAUUACGAAAGCCUCAGCGAGCUGCGGCAGAAGGGCUACGAAGAGGUGCUUCAGCGGGCCAGGAGGCGCAUCCAGGAGCUCUUGGACAAGCACAAGACUAUAGAAAGCAUGGUGGAGCUUCUGGACCUGUAUCAGAUGGAGGACGAAGCCUACAGCAGCCUUGCAGAAGCUACAACAGAGCUCUACCAGUAUCUACUCCAGCCCUUCCGAGACAUGCGCGAGCUUGCCAUGCUGCGGAGGCAGCAGAUCAAGAUUUCCAUGGAGAAUGAUUAUUUGGGUCCUCGAAGAAUUGAGAGUCUACAGAAAGAAGAUGCUGACUGGCAGCGGAAAGCUCACAUGGCUGUUUUGUCUAUUCAGGACCUCACUGUCAAAUAUUUUGAAAUAACAGCAAAAGCUCAGAAAGCUGUGUAUGAUCGGAUGCGAGCAGAUCAGAAGAAAUUUGGCAAAGCAUCAUGGGCAGCAGCUGCUGAACGAAUGGAAAAGCUCCAGUAUGCAGUUUCUAAAGAGACUUUGCAGAUGAUGAGAGCUAAGGAGAUUUGUCUGGAACAGAAGAAACAUGCACUAAAAGAAGAGAUGCAGAGUCUGCAGGGCGGCACAGAGGCCAUCGCUCAGUUGGACCAGCUGGAGGCAGACUACUAUGCCCUGCAGCUUCAGCUGUAUGAAGUCCAGUUCGAGGUCUUGAAGUGCGAGGAGUUGCUACUGACUGCACAGCUGGAGAGCAUCAGACGACUUGUAUCAGAAAAGCGAGAUGAAGUGGUGUACUAUGACACUUACGAGAGCAUGGAGGCCAUGCUGGAGAAGGAGGAGGUGGCUGCCUCUGUGCAUGCGCAGAGGGAAGAGCUGCAGAAGCUGCAGCAGAAGGCUCGCCAGCUGGAGGCACGGAGGGGCCGCGUCUCAGCCAAGAAAGCCUACCUCAGGAAUAAAAAGGAAAUUUGUAUUGCAAAACACCAUGAGAAGUUCCAGCAGCGUUUUCAGAGUGAAGAUGAAUACAGAGCCCAUCAUACAAUACAGCUAAGGAGAGACAAAUUGCAUGAAGAAGAGGAAAGAAAAAGUGCCUGGGUUAGCCAAGAGAGGCAAAGGACGCUGGAUAGACUGCGAACGUUUAAGCAGAGGUACCCUGGACAAGUCAUCCUUAAGUCAACCAGAUUACGAGCAGCUCAUUCAAGAAGAAAAAGCACGGCAAGUCCUGUGCCCUGUGAGGAGCAGUGUGACUCUCUCCCAGCAGUGCUGCAGGGGGAGGGGAAAACAGAGGCGGGAGAAGGAAGAGGCCAGCUUGGGUCUUCACAGACAGCAGAGCCCCGGAGCCUUGCCCAGCUUGAAGACACUUCAUCAGUACAACCUGAAUCCACCUCAUUACCUCCUCCUGCUGUCACCUCUGAACGGCCUCCUCCUGAGUCAGCUCCACUGUUGACCAAUAGUGACCCCGAACGGUGUUCUGUUACUAUAGAUCCUCUCCCACCCCCUCUUCCUCCAACACCGCCUCCUCCCCCUCCACCCCCUCCCCCUCCAGCCCCACCUCUGCCGGUUGCAAAGGACAGUGGAGCCACCACCCCUGCAGAGACACUGGAGAAAGAUGCACUUAGGACGGAGUGUGGCGGGAAGGGCAUCCCCAAGUCGGCCAGCGCACCCACAGCACACCUCUUUGACAGCAGCCAGCUGGUCAGCGCCCGGAGGAAGCUCAGAAAGACUGCGGAGGGUUUGCAGAGGAGGAGAGUGAGCUCACCCAUGGAUGAAGUGUUAGCAUCCUUGAAGCGUGGUAGUUUCCAUCUGAAGAAGGUGGAGCAGCGGACUCUGCCUCCCUUUCCUGAUGAAGACGAUAGUAAUAAUAUUUUGGCGCAGAUAAGGAAAGGGGUAAAAUUGAAGAAGGUUCAGAAAGAAGUUCUGAGAGAGUCCUUCACGCUUCUGCCUGAUACAGACCCUUUGACACGGAGCAUCCAUGAGGCUCUGAGAAGAAUUAAGGAAGCAUCCCCAGAGUCGGAGGACGAGGACGAGGCUUUGCCUUGCACAGACUGGGAGAACUAGCAGGUAACUUAACAGAGAGAAGAAAAAUACCCAUGGAUGAAGACUGGCUCUGAUUCUUUUGGGGGAAAGUUUAAGCUCUUGGUCCCACAGUUGGAUUCCAUUAGAUCCCGAGUCUAUUGACAACAUGGUAUGACACAAAAGGAAGGAGACGGGGGUUAUUACUGUUCAGUCCCUCUCCUCCAUAGUGCUGACGUCAGCUUUGUGUGCAGUGUUCCCGACUGCAGUGAGAACAGGCGCCGGGGGACGGCUGUUCUUACACAUUCUUUUCCCGGCUGCCCACUCACAGUCUCACCGUGGCCAGGCGCGUCCCUGUGAAUUGGGACAGCACGGGGUUGGCGUCCUUCUGCUGUGCAGGCUGCUUGGGAUUCAUCUUCCAGGGAACUGAGAAGAUGCUUGCUUGGAGCACAGCUGCUUCUCCACCAGGUUAUAGAAGCAGAGUGACGGGCUGACCAAGAUGUUUAUCAAGAUAGUUAUGGUCAGGAAUUAAAAGAAAACAACAUGAAAUGCACUUAAAAUGUCCACGUCACUCACUCAUCUCCAGAGGAGAUGUUCAGUACCUGAGAAGCCAGUGGAGAUAGAUGCCUAUUGUGUGCACCGAAACAUGGCACAUUCUCACAGGGCAUAUUUUUAAGAGGCCACCGUCUUACAUUUUGUAAGAGUUUGAAGUUAAAAUUUCCAUGCUUUUAAAAUAGCGUUUCAUAAUUCUGUAUUUAGAAUAGUUUGAAUUUUAUGUGCGUCCUGUUUAUGAGAAGCAAUGCUUUGUAAUUUGAUAAUGUUACUUUUAGUCUUUUUGUUUGAACUACUGCUUGAUUACUAUAACUCAUGACUUUCCUAUUGAGAAUCAAAAAUCAGGAUUCAACAGUAGGGAUACAAACAAAUUACAACUCCGUGUAUCAUGCACCAGUUUAAGGUUUAUUGCUGUGCUCCUGGUGGGGAGCGUGUGUUGAGUAAAGGUCUGGAAGGCAGGGGGCGGUCCCGAGAGCCUCCGGCCGUCAUUUCACCGUCUUUUUAUUCCGCAGCUAGAAUUUUAGGAGAGUGUUUGUUGCUGUGACUAAGUCUUUAAACUUACAUGGGCAGAUCCAGAGCUGGCCUGGCUGUGUCUGUAAGGGUCCAUUUAUGAGUGGAGCUGGCGCUGCUUGUCGGUGCGGACAUGCCUGUAGGCAGAUAUGCAGGACCCGUUUACAGCACAUUGUAGUGUGUGCUAAUGAUGGAGGAGGAAUUGAAAAACCAAAAAGAA